AUGCAAGAAUGCAACCGCGCCACCCGCAGGGCCAGGUCGGACAGGGGCCAAAAAGGUUUACGGACCAAAAUACUGUGCACGCGGGAGAAACUGCGCAAAAACAACGAGGCGAGGAGCAGAUACGCGCGACGCGUCGGCCUCAGCGCCGCGCCGACGAAAGCCCGGCCAUUCCAUAGGCUAUCAAUCAGAGAUGCAGUGCUACCGGCUUAUCGUGCGAUGGAGGCUUUGGGAGCAGCAGCAAGCGCCAUCGCGGUGGUCGAACUUGCCGCAAAGGUCGUCGCACUCUGCCUUCAGUACUCUCGCGAUGUCAGAAAAGCCAAAGACGACAUCGACAGCUUUCGACAGCAAACAGAGGAUUUGAAGGCAAUCGCCGAAGGUGCGCAGCGGCUUUUGCAAGGCCCAGAUGGGUCUCGACUUGAGACUGCGCAAAACCUGCGCAGCGCCCUUGCGAACGCCCGCUCGCAGCUCGAUCCCAUUCACACGAGGCUAGAUGGGAAACUGAAUGGCCGUAGACAUCGUGCUAUGAGACGCGUGGGUCUGCGCGCCUUGAAAUGGCCGUUCGAAAGCAAAGAGGUCGAGAAAAUCAUCAGCGACCUCCGGCAAAAGCGGGACGCGAUAUCCGCCGCACUUCAAGUGGACCAGAUAACGCUCACCCUCGACAUCCACCGCAAAAUCGACCUUUCAAAGCUCCCUGUCGCGAAAGGCGCUGCAUUCGAUGCCCAGGCGAACGAACACGACCCCAGCUGCCACCCCGAUACCCGUGUGGACCUUCUCGCCGACAUUUACAAAUGGUUCGAGGAUCCCAACGGAAAAUGCAUUUUCUGGCUGCGCGGCAUGGCCGGCACCGGCAAGUCGACCAUCUCUCGAACGGUGGCCAAAAAGCUUGCUGCGGAAAAAGUGCCCUGUGGGAGCUUUUUCUUUAAGAAAGGCGAGGGCGACCGCGGCAACGCGGCCAUGUUCUUCACCACCAUACUCGCCCAGCUCGUCCAUCAGGUGCCGGUUUUAGCAUCACAUGUCCAAAGCGCAAUCGAGGACGACCCAACCAUCGUCGAUAAGAACAAGAAAGAGCAGUUCGAGAGGCUCUUCCUGGAGCCACUGAACAAGUGCAAGGUUGCCGGCUCCCCGCGGCUCGCUGUGGUGGUGGAUGCGCUUGACGAAUGCGAUGGCAAAGAGGAUGUUAGAGCUCUCAUAAAUCUUUUCUCCAGAGCUAAGGAGAUUACGUUAUUCCGUCUCCGAUUCUUCGUCACCAGCAGACCCGAGCUGCCCAUCCGCCUUGGCUUUAAGAAAAUCGGCGACAACUACCAGAACCUGGCCCUCCAUGAGGUUCCUAAGCCCGACAUAAAAAGGGACAUCUCCACAUUUCUACGCUCAGAACUAGAGCAUAUCCGUCAGGAUUUUAAUGAAACCGUACCAGCACCAGGUUUGCCAUCUGAUUGGCCCCCACCCGCCAAUCUUGAGGAUCUCGUCAACAUGGCUGUGCCGCUUUUCAUCUUCGCAUCAACCGCUUGCCGCUUCAUUGCCGAUAUCCACUACGGCAAUCCUAUGGAGCAGCUAGACAAGAUCCUCGAGUACAAGGGAAAGGGCGAAUGGUCUCAGCUUCACGCGACGUAUCUACCAAUCCUGGACCAGCUUCUUUUCGAACGCAAAAAUUCAGGGUUGGUUAAACGCACAAAGAAGGAACAAGCCGUUGUCGUUGCGUGGUUCCGCGAUAUCGUUGGAACUAUUGUACUUCUUGCCGACCCCCUCCCUUGCGCAUCGCUGGCACGUAUCCUUAACAGAACCCAGCUCGACGUGGGCUCAAAGCUGCUCCAGUUGCAUUCUGUCCUUAACAUUCCGGAUGACCCCCUGGUCCCUGUCAAACUGCUCCACCUGUCCUUUCGCGACUUCCUCGUCGACCAAAAGAAUCGCGAUGCGAACCCCUUCUGGGUCGACUCGCGAAAACCCCAUAGGCAGCUGGCAGACCGCUGCCUCCAAUUGCUGUCAACCGGCGACACCCUCAAAAGAGAUGUUUGCGAUCUGCGCCAUCCCGGCACACUCCGGUCCGAGAUUGAGCCGGGGAUCAUCGAUAACCGCCUGCCACCCGAGGUCCAAUAUGCUCGAGCCGAAGAACAGCACCGCAAUAUCAACGUUGCUUCAUGA